AUGUUGAACAAGAAGUUAUCCGAGAAUGACGUGCGAGCUCUAUUUGCCGGCCAUGGCGCCAUCGAGGAGUGUACAGUACUCCGUGACGCUCAGGGCCAGAGCAAAGGCUGCGCCUUCGUCACCUUCGUGUCGAAGCAGGCAGCGAUUGCCGCUAUUAAGGCCCUGCACCACAGUCAAACAAUGGAGGGCUGUUCGGCGCCGCUCGUUGUUAAAUUUGCGGAUACACAGAAAGAAAAAGAGCAGAAGAAGUUACAGGCGAUGCAAGCGAGUCUAUGGGGACUGACGACCCCCGUGACCCCUGCGGCGUAUUUGGCGUCCGAGGCGGCUCUGUCCCCCGCUACACAACUGCAGCUGCUACAACAACUGCAGGCGGUUGGAUUGCAGCAGCAGCUGUUGCAGAGUCAGGGGUCUACGUUAUUACAAGGUGUUAACUAUCAGGAUAUCGGUUUCAAUGGCGCAGGCCUGAGCGGAAGUGGAGUGACGGGUGUGGGGGGAAUUGGAGGUGGAGCUGCUGAUCAGCUCGGGGGUUUGUUAGCACCCGUCUCAGUGCAGAAUCUGGCCGCGUUGGCAGCCAUGACGCAACCGCCCGUUGUGACGCAGGCGGCUCCCAUUGCGCCGGCCGCAGCACCGCAGCCCGCUGCUCCACAGUUGUGUCUUCUCGGGAAGACUAACAUCACAGGGUCCACGGCGGAGCCGCUGAGCUCGGCAUACGCGGCGCAGUUCGGGUCAGCUUUUGCGGCCGCGCCGCUCGGCUCAGUGCUGGGCUCAGCCGCAGCAGCCGCCGCAGGGAAGCAAGUCGAAGGUCCGGAAGGAGGCAACCUGUUCAUUUACCACCUGCCACAGGAGUUCACCGAUACGGAUCUGGCAUCAACUUUCCUGCCGUUUGGCCACGUGAUAUCGGCAAAAGUGUUCAUAGAUAAACAGACGAACCUAUCAAAGUGUUUCGGCUUCGUCUCGUACGACAACGCCGCCUCAGCGCAGGCCGCAAUACAAGCUAUGAACGGCUUUCAAAUAGGUACAAAGAGACUCAAAGUUCAAUUGAAACGUUCUAAAGAACUAUCAAGACCAUACUAG